UGGAUGUUAUGGGUAUUUGUGAACUGUUGUGAAUUAAUAUUUCACCAUGUCGAAAUCUGUGCAAAGUUCUCGAAUGGAGACGGAGGCUGUACGAGAUCUUGGUACAUUUGUACACAGUCAUACUACAAGUGACGCUGAUAUUCAAGAUCACCGUUCUCAAGAAACUGUUUACAUUGGUCUUCGUGUACCAAGGUCUCGACGGCAUCGCAAGAGACAUCAUAGACAUCACCGCAAGGAUGAAUCCAAGGAACUAUUCAAAACACGUUCUGAAAGAAUAUUAUACAGAAUAUUGCUCUGAGAAAUCAUACCUGUUAUAAUUUGUGUACCUGUUGUGAUUGAAGUUCUAGAUUUUUACUUAUUGCAUAUGUAAAAGUGGUAGAUGACUGUUGUACUUAUGUUGCAUAUGACAUUGUUAUCUCUUUUUGUAAUAAGUAUUAUUUUUUCACAAUAUGUGAUAAAAUAUUAGAUUUACUUUAUCCAGGCCUCUGAAUGUUCUGUCUAGAACAUACUAUAGAUAUAAAUCAGAAAACAGAACAUGCUAAAGAUAUGAAUGGGGAAUUUUUAGCUGAGGAAAGAAGGAGCUUGUUUGUAUGAUAUAACGCUGAAAUAAAUUUCUGUUUAAAUUUUAAAAAAUAUUCUGUUACAAUUGAUUCAGUUAUAUUAUGGAAAUCCAUCCAUACUUCCAACAACUAUUUACUGUGUGUGUGUGUUUAUACAGCGGUCUUAUAAUUUGUGACAAUAUAUAAGUACAUGACCAUAAAUGCAAAGUUAAAGUCAUUGUCAUCGUAACAUUCACAUUUCCAUGCUUGCAUGCAUUGCAUGGAAUUUGUAGUGGAUUUUCUAUGGUUGAACACUCUUCCUGUCACCAACCUUCACCUAUUUCCUAGUGAGGUAAUAUUUCACCAUGACUAGACAUGUCUUCAUGCACUGAAAACGAAGGACAUUACUUGCAUGAUGGUGACAUUCACAAUUUUAUUAUUUAUACAUGGAUAUAUUUUAUAAUUAAGAGAUAACACUUUGUAGAUAAACAUUCUCUAAUUAUACUUGUAAAAAAAGAAAUUUUCUGAAGUUAGUCAGGAGAGGAGGGGAAAUAUUGGUGACUUUUUCAGGUCCUCCCAGCUUAGUGAGAUUUAAGUAAUCAUGCCUGAAAGUCUAGAGCAGUCAUGGGCAAACUGUGGCACAUGGAACUUUCUGAAUGGUAUUCCUAAUGUGAAAUUGCCUUCAGUUUUUUUAGUAAGUGAAGUCUGCCUGAUGAUAAACCAUGUCUCAUGAGGCCUGCUUCUUAAAAUAAGUUGCUCAUGUUUGAUCUGUAGGAAUUGUAAAAUGUGACAGAGAGGAAAAUGGAAGUGAAGUUUCAAUGUUUGAAAUAUUAAUGUUUUUUAAAAAGAAUAUGGAUCUGUAUCAGUUUCAACAAUGAAUGUAUAGUUGUUUGGUCAACUGAUCUACCUACUUAUUAAAUAAUCAUUUAAGUAGUUGAGUAUUCCAUAAACCCAUGUAUAAACUGGCACUCCAUUGAUUACAAUGAAGUUCCCAGUAGAUCCAAUCAACAAAAUAGCCUGCUCAUGAAAUUAAUGUGCAUGUGGCUGAGCACUCCACAGACAUGAAUACCCUUAACAUAGUUCUCAGGGAGAUUCAGCAUGGCACAGAGUCUAAUAAUGCUGGCCCCUCGAAAUACAGGUACUACUCAUUUUUGCCACCUGAGUGGACUGGAGCAAUGUGAAAUAAAGUGUCUUGCUCAAGAACACAAUGCAUCGCUGAAAAUUGAACUCACAACCUUAUGAUUGUGAGCCAAAUACUCUAACCAUUAAGCCACUUGCCUUCAUGCACCCAUGUGUACCCUUAACAUAAUCCUCAAUCAGAAUCAGGCUUCAAUCAGUUUCCUUCACAAGGUUUGGGUUGAACUGAAGCUGUGGUAAAAGACACUUGCCCAAGAUACCAUAUUAUAAGAUUAAACUCAAUAUGGUGUGGUGGGAAGCAGACUUCCAGACAAUUUGGCCAUAUGAUAGAGAAUAACAAUUUAUAAACCACUUUAGCUACUUCGCAAAAAGUAAACCAAAUAGUAUAACACUGUAUAGAUAAGGAAAUAGAAAAAAAUUCAGUUAAAGAAAUUGAUUUUUGAAAGAAAAACAAUUAACCUAAAGAUUAAAACCAGACAUAUAAAGAAAAGGAAAAGAAAUGAGGUGACUUUUUAUUCAAAAUAAAACUGAAAUUUAUUAUGACUGUAUGCUUCAAGUAUUUUACUUACAUUUCAGCCUCUAUAUAAUCCUAUCUACAUGUUUAUUUGAAUUGCAAAAUCAACAUCUUUAUCUGAUUAUAAUGUGCUAGUUUAACUGUGGAAAUGAUUGAGCUUACUAUAAGCACAUGACUACUAUUUUACUUAGCAUUUUUGUUGCUAUUAAAUCAAUGCUUUCAAUAUCUGCUAUAUUAAAGCCUUCUAUAUUAGUUUUAGCAUCUCUUCUCUCUUGGGAUAUAUAUGUAUGUAUGUAUGUAUAUAUAUAUUCAUCAUCAUCAUCAUCGUAGUCGUUUAAUGUCCGCUUUCCAUGCUGGCAUGGGUUGGACGGUUUGACUGAAGACUGGGGAGCCAGAAGGCUGCACCAGGCUCAGUAUGAUUUGGCAAAGUUUCUACAGCUGGAUGCCCUUCCUAAC